AAGAAGUAGCCAAAAGAAUAUUCCGCCGUGUCUGAAACGAGUCCAUUUCGUAGGAAGAUUUCAAAGCACAAUCUUACUUAUCUGUUUUCUCUCUUCUCUCCAUUAUAAAUAAAUCUGCAUCCUGUGUUAGAAUCUUUAAACAAAACCAUCUGACUUAUCAACAACAACAAGAGGACGAAGAAGAAGAAGAAGAUUGUUACUUUCUUGAUCGAUAAUGGCGUCGAAUGAAGCUGGAAGGGCAUUGCCGAAAUUCGGGGAAUGGGAUGUGAAUGAUCCAGCGACGGCGGAUGGAUUCACGGUGAUAUUCAGCAAAGCCGGUGAAGAUAAAAAGACGGGACGGAGUUCGACGAAGACGAAUUCACAGAGGAAACAAGAUGGUGAUAAACCAGCGGUCAAGAAAUGGCUCUGUUUCACUUUUGCUUAAUCUUUUUUUUUUGUUUGUUGAGUAAGUUUUAAUCCUAAGAGAAUGUAGCUUUGAGCCUUAUGAGCCCUUUGACAACUUUUGUGUUAGAACAUUUCAUUUCGUUUUUAGUUAUCUAAUAAAACAAAUUCUGAGGUUUUGUUUCUU